AACAGAGUCUGAAAACAUCAAAGUAAGCUGCGAAGCAAAACCACAUACGACGUCGUGCAGUAGUUUGUGCGAAGCAAAAAUCACUUCGAAUUGAAACAUAAAAUCCCCCCAAAAUUUCAAAACCCUCACUCUGAUCGGCAACUUCCACCGCCACUUCCGCCGCCGCUGUAAAACUGCCUUUCUCUCGGGAACAACUUAACAAGUUAUGGCGGACGUAAACGGAGAGAAGCAGGCGCUUGAGCAGCAGCUGGAGCGCGCAGUGAGCGCUCGUCUUCAGCAUUUCAAGGACCAAGCCGAUUCACUGACGUUGGAGUCCGUAAGGAGACUCUUGGAGAAGGAUUUGGGCCUUGAGAAAUUUGCGCUCGAUGCACACAAAAGAUUCAUUCGCCAAUACUUGGAAAAGAUAAUGGAAGAUGCUGAUGAAAGCAAUUCUAACCCGACAACUGCAAACAUGGACACAGAUGAGCAGUUAAGUAUGGAAGAAGAAAAGGUUUUGCCUAAACAGCAAGAAGCCAAGAGCGAUCCAAAAAAAGCCAGCCCUGGGAAUGAGGAAACAAUGGAAGACUCUCCUAUAAUGGGUGUCCUUACAUCUAAAUCUGAAGUUGACACUCAAUCUUCUUUGAGCAAGAGCACUAUUAAGAAGGCCAUUUUGGAAAGAACUGAUCAUCUUCAAGCUAAUUCUGACAAAAUAACUCUGGCCGGAGUUCGCCGACUUCUAGAGGAGGAUCUUGGUCUUGAUAAAAACACCCUUGAUGCUUUUAAGAACUUCAUAAGUCUACAAGUAGAUCAGGUAUUAGAAGGGGCUAAAUCUGUGAAAGAUGUUAAGAAGAAAGCCUCAGAGGACGUGAAAAGCAGAAAGCUAAAGAAGGUCAGCAGCAAAGAGGACUCUGAUACUUCGCAGAGUGGAAGUGAUGAGAUGAGCGAUAAAGUGAAAUCGAGGAAGGAAGCUGCUCCCAAAAGAAACAUUAAGAAAUUGGAACAGCCAAAGAAACGUAAAAUCUCCGAGAAUGAUGAUAUUGUUGUCUCUCCCAAGAAGCCAAGCAAGCUUGUAAAAAGGGAAAAAGAGGAGGAUAAUGAGGAUGGAAGUUUAUCUGAAGAUGGUCAAUCUAAAUCAUCUGUUGAAAGACCAGCCCUGCAGAGGAAAGAAAAAUCAGCUCCUGUUUAUGGGAAACAGGUAGAGAAUCUGAAAUCAAUAAUCAAAGCUUGUGGAAUGAGUGUUCCUCCUAAUAUAUACAAGAAAGCUAAACAAGCGCCAGAUAACAAACGAGAAACCAUUUUAGUGAAGGAGUUGGAAGGUAUUCUCUCAAGAGAAGGGCUAUCAAAAAAUCCCACUGAGAAAGAAAUCAAAGAUUGUCGAAAGAAAAAAGAAAGAGCCAGAGAACUUGAAGGCAUUGACAUGAGCAACAUCAUUUCCAGUUCAAGAAGAAGAUCAACGUUUAGUUUUGUGGCUCCGGAGAAACCUGUAGUUCGUGGUAAGAAAGACAAGGUUGAUGCUAAAGAUAGUAAAAAGAAAGAAAACAAUGUCAAAGAUCUCAAGGAUGACAAUAAAGAGGAAGAGAAGGAGAAGGAGAAGGAGAAGGAGAAGGAGAAAGAGAAGGAGGAAGAGGUGGAAGAGGAGAAGGAGAAAGAGAAGGAGGAAGAGGUGGAGGCGGAAGAAGAGAAGGAGAAAGACGAGGAGGAGGAGGAGGAGGAGGAGGCAGAAGAAGAGGAAGAAGAUGAUGGUGAUGAUGAGGAACAAGAUGAUGAAGAUGAAAGUGAAGAAUUCGAUUUAGAUGAAAAUGAAGAGAGCGACUAAGUUUCAAGUAACAGAGGUUUGUAGAUGGCUGUGACUAUUCUUCAGAGUUGUAUAGUUACAGAGAAGCUGUGGUGUGCCAAAGUAUCUGUAUCUUCAGUAAAUUUAUCCUACAGUUGGGGUAGGUAUUUUGCAAUCCUCACUGUUGUACCGAGCUUUAUUUAGCCAUAUUGUAGUAUAAUUUGGGAGAACAAAUUGAUUGAUAAAUGCUAAGUAUAGUGAUUUUAGUCUCACAA